UCAGUGCUUAUCAGUUAUCACCAAAAACACAAGCCCACAUGAGUUAAAAUCCUCCAAAAUCUGUAAUUUUCCUGAAUUUCUCUCUCCUCUGACACCACCACCACGAACACCCCAGCAUCUCAAGAUCAGAUCACAAAAACCCACAAACGAAAUUUCCCCCAAAUUAUCAACAGAGGAAGAGAGAGAAAAUAAAGAGAUUUAGUAAUGGUGUACCCGGUAACAAGUUCAUGGGCGAGAGCUCUGGUUCAGAUCUCUCCUUACACCUUCUCGGCCCUCGGCAUCGCCCUUUCCAUUGGCAUCUCCGUCCUCGGCGCCGCCUGGGGAAUUUAUAUUACUGGGAGUAGUUUGAUUGGUGCGGCAAUCAAAGCUCCUAGAAUCACAUCCAAAAAUCUCAUCAGUGUAAUCUUUUGUGAAGCUGUAGCUAUUUAUGGAGUAAUUGUCGCUAUCAUUCUGCAGACAAAGCUAGAGAGUGUUCCUUCAUCUCUUAUUUACGAACCUGAGUCACUUAGAGCAGGAUAUGCAAUCUUUGCAUCUGGACUUAUUGUCGGCUUUGCCAACCUUGUUUGUGGGUUGUGUGUGGGUAUAAUUGGAAGCAGUUGUGCUUUAUCUGAUGCUCAAAACUCCACGCUGUUUGUGAAGAUUUUGGUGAUCGAGAUUUUUGGAAGUGCCCUUGGGUUGUUCGGUGUGAUUGUUGGCAUCAUUAUGUCAGCCCAAGCAACAUGGCCAAAGGCUGCAUGAUUUGCAUUUUGCACAAUCCAUGAGAGAAAUUCGUGUAAAAUAGUGAACCUCACUCCAUUUCCAUGUUCAGUAGCGGGAAUACAGGUCUUGUUGCGGAAUUACUUUUAUUCCCAUUGUAUAUCUAAAACACCUUGUCGAAAUUGAGAUCAUAAUAGCAAAUUGAUGAUGUAUGAUUGAGAUCAUUUUGCCUUUUUUGGUAGAUUUAUGUUGUUAUUCUAAUUCUUGAAUAAUGAGGGAGGAGCUCACCGCUUCGUUUCCUAAAACUCGUUUGUUCAUCUUGUGAAUUCUUUAUUUAUGUACACAAAAUAAAAGUUUUGUUUCCAA